GAACCUGAAACUGGUUUUGACAUUUGGAAUCCUUUUUCUUACCGGAGUUUCAUGUCGUUGUUCAGGUUUUAAGUGUAUCUGUCACAAAAUGGGUUCGAAAAAGAAGGGUUUUGAUGUUUCUAGAGAUAUAAUCAGUGGCUUACCAGACGCAAUGAUUUGUCACAUCUUAUCAUUCCUUCCAACUAAAGAAGCUGCUUCAACUACUGUUCUUGCCAAAAGAUGGAAGCCUUUGCUUGCUUUUGUACCAAAUCUUGACUUUGAUGACUCCAUCUACCUCCAUCCCCGAGAAAGUAGUAAGAAUAAUUCUAGAAGUUUUAUGGCUUUUGUGGAUAGUGUAUUGGCUUUGAAAGCAAAAGAGAAUGCUCCGUUGAACAGAUUCCGCCUUGAGUGUAAAGAUGUUGUCAAUGAAUAUCGGGUGUUGAAUUGGAUAUCCAAAGUGUUGAAACGUGGUGUAUCAGUUCUUGAUCUAUGCAUCCCUUCGUCUUGGGAUGGUAUGGACUCUUUUUAUACUCUUCCACAAGAUAUCUUUGUGAGCAAGACAUUGGUUAGACUGAAGAUAAGAUUUGAAGAUGGCGUUGGCAUUGAUGUGGAAGGUGAUGUUUCUCUUCCGAAGCUCAAGAUACUCCAUCUUGAUUAUUUCAAGAUCGAUACGAGUACGUUUAACAAGCUUCUUUCUGGUUGUCACGUGCUCGAAGAAUUAGUGCUGGUUGAUUUGAUAUGGGACGAUUCUCGGGUUAGUUUGAUGUCGCGGGAGCUUUGUUCUGUUACCGUGUCUAUCCCAACACUCAGGAUACUGAAGUUUUGUCGUUCUAAAAGAUUUGAUGAGGAUAAUGAUAGUGUUUCGUUGUCAUUUGAUAAUACAAAUCUGGUCUACCUAGAAUAUUUUGAUACUAUAGCGGAUAGGUAUCAACAAGUGAGCUUUCAUUCGCUUGUUGAAGCUAGUCUCGGACUUCGAAUGACAUCUGAUCUGAUCUAUAGGCCAAUGUAUUCAACUGACACUUUUCUGGAGUCCAAGGAGAAGAUUAAUGUAACAAAUCUUCUCACCGGAAUAUGCAAGGUCAAGAUCCUCUACUUGUCUGAUGACACUCUUGAGGUACUUGGUUACUGCCGUGAUACAAUACCGGUAUUCGACAACCUGAUCGAGUUAACUAUUAAGACUGCACCAGAUGUAGGAUGGAAAUCAUUGCCAGCCCUACUCAAGAAGUGUCCAAGUCUAGAAACCCUUGUCUUCGAAGUACCUUACAUAAACAAUUCUUUAAAUCAACAGGUGCCAUGUGUUUCAUCACACACAGUGUUUGAAACUGGUUUCUUUAUGUUUCAGGGACUACAUCACAAAGUUACAAAAAGAUGUGACGACGAGGACGGGUGCUUGUGCAAAUUUAGUAGUGGGUGGGAGGCUCGUUCUUGCCUAUCAUCAAGUCCAGUGAAGGUUAUAAAGAUAUUGAAGUUUGGUGAUAUAUAUUAUGAUGAUGAUGAUCAGGAUGAGAAUGACGACAACGAGGAUGAUGAAUCUUAUGAUGAAAAUGGUGCCGACAUAGAGGAGCAGAUAGAGCAAGUCAGGCAAUUCCUAGCGACAAUGCCAAAUCUUGAACAAGUGAUAUUGUACUACGAUACACCAUAUGAUGAAGAUGUGAUGGAAGUAUCGAAGCAACUCCACGAGGUUCAUAGAGUAGCAUCAGCCAAGUGCAUUGUUCAAAUAAUCUCAGAUAACCUCAGCUUAUCAUCUACUUUUCCGGACUCUUCUUGAGAAGAUCAGAUAUGUAUCAGGCUAAGAAUAACUAAACUCUCUUCAAGAUCCUCUUGUUUCUGUCUUUUGUUUGUUCUUCCUUCAAUGACUUGUGUUUAAUGCUUUCUCCUUUUGACUCAGAAUAGUGAUAUCAUCUUUUGUUUGUCUUUCAUCUUCUUGAAAUGUAUCACAGUUUGUUGAUGAUAAUGAAUUUAAUUACGUUGCUAUUAAUUAAGCACGUUAGUGCAUAUAAAAAGUAUUUAACAGAUUAAAUCUGUAUAUUGGUUUCAUCAAGUUUAAUCCUCAUGGUGGAUUUAAAAACCGUGCGAUGAAUAUUCUGAGAAAAUUGACUCAUUCAUAUACCUGAAAUUGUAAUUUACUAAUUAUGAGCAUAAUCUUGAUUUGUAAGUCAAAGUUGACAUACAAUUUUCAGAGCAUUGUUUACCAUAACACUUUUUUUUUUGGUAAGAUUGUUUUUACAUAACACUGAUCUCAUCUUGAAUGUCAAAUAAAUAACAAAACCCAAAAAUACAAAUGAUAGUUUUUGUACAAAAUUCUUAGCAUUUGUAAAAAUAAUGAAAAAAUAUUGAAUUCACAAGAGCGAAUUCAUCAAUCAUCACACACUAAACCACAUGCUCACAGCUCACUGAUCGAUCCUACUGCUUGGUUUUUUUAUGAAAAUGAAAAAAUAUUGAAUUCAUAAUCCUUUUAUUAAUAAAA